CUCCUAUAUAAAGCGCAGCAUCCCGUUCACGCGCUGCCACUUGAUCAUCAUCCUCAUCAUCUUCAUCAUCCUCAUUAUCCGCAGGAUCUCAAAAACUCAAAUGCGGAGGGGCAUGAAGCGACCAUAACGGGACACUGAACACAAACACGACACACACAGGAUCAUGACGAAAUCUUGCACUGAAGAACCCUCGAUGAUCGAGUCUCAGGCCGGCAGUGCCAACUGGACUGACAAGAAGCAGAAGCCCGGGCACGAGGCCAUGCGCCAAGACCUGGAGAACGACGAAGAGGAGGCUGUGCACAGGCUCGAGGACGCGCACGAUCUGGAGGAGGAAGAAGAGGAGGAAGAGGAAGAGGAGGAGGAAGAGGAAGAGGGCGACGACGCGAGCAAGCCCAAGCGGCGUGGCCCGAAAAAGAAGAAGAUGACCAAGGCGCGCCUGCAGAGGUUCAAGAUGAGGCGCAUGAAAGCGAACGCGCGCGAGCGCAACCGCAUGCACGGGCUGAACGACGCGCUCGAGAGUCUGCGCAAAGUGGUGCCGUGCUACUCGAAAACGCAGAAGCUGUCCAAGAUCGAGACGCUGCGUCUGGCCAAGAAUUACAUCUGGGCGCUGUCCGAGAUCUUGCGAUCGGGUGAGAGUCCGGAUCUGGUGUCGUUCGUGCAGGCUUUGUGCAAAGGUCUUUCACAGCCCACGACUAAUCUGGUGGCAGGGUGCUUACAGCUUAAUCCGCGGACUUUCUUGCCCGAGCAGCAGAGCCACGCGCACGGAGCGAGCGUCGCAUCAUACGCCAGCAUGCACCCGUACUGCUAUCAGAGCCCUGGUUUGCCGAGCCCGCCAUACGGCGCUACGGACGGCGCGCCGCACCACGCGUUUCACGCCAAGUCGGCGGCACACGCGUACGGGAGCACACUGCUCUUACCGCCGCCGCCGCCUCCGCCGCCACAGCCGCCGAGCGCCUUGCAGGCGGAACCAUUUUACGACGCCGCGCUGGCAGACUGCGCGCACAGCCCCGCCGCGUCCUUUGACGGGCCGCUCAGCCCGCCGCUGAGCGUCAACGGGAACUUUUCCUUCAAGCACGAGCCAGCGUCGGAGUUCGAGAAGAGCUAUCACGCGUUUGGCGGCGGCGUGCAGCCCUACCAUCACCACGCGCCGCAGCCGGGACACCACCAUCACCAUCACCCACAUCACCACCACGCGGCUCUUUACGAUUUACCACCCAUGGAGAACGUCGUGCCCUACGAGGGCCACUCUCAUCACGAACGAGUCGUGCACAUGAACGCGCAACUCAACGCCAUAUUCCACGACUCGUGAGCUCGAGAGGACUUUUUUUUCCCAGAGACUGUUCGAUUCAUAUAGUGCGUGUCAUCAUGGUUACCUGUCUAUGGCUUGUUGCGAAAAAGAAGGAGAUCAGCAGAAAAAAUGCCCUACAUUUGAAUUAACACCCCUAUUUUUUUAAAAAAAAAAUUCAAUAGAACAAAAGAAAAGUUUUGCUAUGACACGGGGUUCAUCUGCGUCAGAAAUGUUAUUGCGCGUGCUAGGAAAAGUCUGUCGAAAAGUUAUGGUUCCUUCACGUGCCGGACUUGAAGAGGGUGCUGAAAGGUUACCUCAAGUCGGCCACGUGAAUCAACCAGAGACAUGAUAUUACACACACACACGUUAUUCAGAGAAACACACCUGUGUUGGUCCUUUGAGCUUCCAGAGGCUUCUUUUAGCCUACAUUAUAGUGAUGUUUAAAAUAAAUAUCACUUCUUAUCUAGGGAAUAUGCAUAAAUGGAAAGUUCUCCAAAUGUGGUCUGAAUGUAGGCUAAUGUUUUCCAUCAGACUGAUGCAUUGUCAAUGGCCUAUACACUAGCUAGUAUUCUCAGUGUCCAGACUUUAUCUAAAAAGUUACGCACUUUGGGGGGAAAAGUAACCAGUAUGUUCAAAAUUCUUAAAUUUCUAUUUUUUCCCCCUCGUGUUAUUAAAAAUAGCCUUUUUUAUAGCUUUGUUACGUCUGUAUUAGCUAGCUGAUGCCCAACUUGAUUAGAGCCAAGUCCACACGCUACAUUGUGUUGCGUUGCAUUUUUGUAAAAAAUAUGUUCAUUAUUAUUUCUGUAAGUGUUACACUCAUAAUACUUGGUGCUGAUUGGUUAAUACACCAAUAGUGUUCUUGUCAUGUAGCAGCUGGCAGAUCAGGGCAGAAAAUAAAAAUAAAAUACAUAUACGUUUGAAAUUGUAGACUUGUUAGUAUUAGAUGUAAGAAAAGAAAAAUAACAGGAAAUAAAGCGAGUUUGUAGGGUCUAGGUAGGGUUUUGUUGAACGGUGAGCUAUCCAGUUAGCUCUCAACAUGAUGUAGGUUAUAUUUGGUCAAACAAACAACAUCAUUCCAGAUAGUAUGUAAAAUAAAACAAUGCACUAUUUUGAUACGCUAAUUACAUGAACUACUCUAGCUAGCAUGGCGAUGUAAACAGUAACGAAGGCGUUGUCAUGGAAACGGCUAAUUCAGUGUUUUUAUUUGUAUUUACACUCGCAUGUUAAUUCAAUGUUGCAGGGCAUUUUUUUUCUGCUGUUUUCAAACACACGCACGCACACACACACACACACACACUAUAUGCUUAAUCUUAUGGUAUGUAUUUAUUGUCUUUAUAGCUGCCUUGAUAGGAGAAAAAGAAAAAAAGAGGAUGCACAUAUUCUCUCCUUCAUCUUAUGUAUUGUAAUUUUAACUAUAUGCGCUGACUACUGUGCAUCGUGGGGUCACAGUCACAGGUGGAAGGAAACAGGGGCGUGACCUUUAAUUCAGAAUGUGUUAAUUCUCCAUGUUACACACACACGCGCGCGCGCGCGCGCGCACACACACACAUACAAAAAAAUCACAAAGCAAUAAUUUGGGAAAAAAAAACUAUGCAAUUUUUAAUCGAAUAUACUGGGCCAAUUAUAGAAAUGAAUAGAGAGAUUGCUAUAUUUUUCAACCUACUACAUUUUACUACUUACUACGACUCAUACUACUCUAUCCCAUACUGAAUUAUUUUGUUGUGAUUUUUGUAAUAGAAUUGUUAAUUUUUUUAUAUAAGUCGGAUUCGUGAUCCAUGCCAUGCAACCCCCCCCAACAACCCCCCCUUACCCCUAAACAUUAAUGUUUUAUAUAACUAAAUUGAUUUUAUCUCGUUUAUACGAAACAAAUAGGUAAUACACGAGGGGUUGAAACCAGCAGGCAAGUGCUUAUAAGACUCUGUUAUGUUGCCUUAGCAAUCAAUCAUUUACUGUAAAAUCAUGCAAAAUUGCACAAAUCCACCCCCCCCCCAAAAAAAGAGAGGAAAAAAAAUCCCCCCCUUCGGUUUUUUUUAAACAGCCACAAUAAAGACAGAUCACUUAUUUAAAAAAAAAAAAAGAAAAGAAAAGAAAAGAAAGAAAUCAUGGACUAUAUUGAACUGUUUGAGUGCUGGGAAAGAUUUGGUGUUAGAAAAGUAUUGAUGUUUGUAUAUAUAUAAAUAUAUUAAUUAAAAAAAAAAGAAGCUUGACUAUCACCUGAAAACUGCACCCUGUAAAGAAGAAAAGAAAAAGAAAAAAAGGGGGUUGACCUUUUCAAAAAAUGGAAAUAAAACAAUGAAAUCUA